AUGGCCCCUCUCACCACCCCCUCGGUAUACCCCCCGGCGGGGCGCGAGUUCAUGAAAUGGCCGAGCCGGCGCAGCGUAGUCCACAGUACCGAGGGCAUUGUGGCAUGUACUCAGCCCUUGGCGGCCAAGUGUGGUCUGAAAGUGUUGAACGGGGGGGGUAACGCAGCGGACGCCGCUGUGGCCGUGGCCGCCGGCCUCAACAUGACAGAACCCACAUCCACCGGCAUCGGCGGCGACAUGUUCUGCCUCUUCUACGACGCCGCAGCCGGCACCGUGUCCGCACUCAACGGCUCAGGCCGGUCAGGCGCCGCGUGCACUCUCGAAAAAAUCCGCGGCGACCUGGGGCUGGCCGAGGGUGAGGCUGGGGAGAUACCUUUGACGAGUGUGCAUGCGGCGACGGUUCCCGGGGCUGCAGCGGGGUGGGUUGAUACGGUGGAACGGUUUGGGAGUGGGAAAUUGAGCUUGGAGGAGAUUUUGGGGCCGGCGAUUGAGUUGGGAGAGAGGGGGUUUCCUGUGUCGGAGGAUGCUGGGUUUUUUUGGACAAAAGGCGAAGCCUCCCUCCGCAAAGCCUCGCCCAACUUCGCCGAAAUGCUCAAAACCGACCCGUCCGCCCCCGACGGCGUACGCGCCCCCCGAGCCGGGGACAUCAUGAAGAAUCCCAACCUGGCGCGCACCUUCCGCACCCUCGCAACCGAAGGCAAACCCGGCUUCUACACCGGCCGCAUCGCCGAAGAAAUCGUGCGCGUGAUCCGCGACCGCGGCGGCCACGUCGAGCUAGCCGACCUCCGGCACCACCUCGACCAAGGCGGUAGCGAGCCUGUCGAUCCCAUCUCCCUCAAGUUCCGCGGCCAGGGCUGCGCUUCCGCCCCAAGGUCGUCUCCGGGAGGUGGUGGGGGCGGGAUUGAGUUAUGGGAACACCCGCCUAAUGGCCAGGGGAUUGUUGCGCUGAUGGCGCUGGGGAUACUCCAGGAGCUGGAAGCCGCGGGGACGAUCCCGACGUUCACUCCCGACGACCACAACACCACCCCUUACCUACACGCCAUCAUCGAAUCCCUCCGCAUCGCCUUCGCCGACGCCCACUGGUUUGUCACCGACCCGUCCACCAACCCCGUUCCCGCAGCCGAACUCAUCUCCCAGCCUUACCUCGCCGCCCGCGCCAAACUCUUCAACCCCUCCGCAGCAACCCCCAGUUUCACCCACGGCGACCCAACCAACCCAACCUCUUGGUCAACCUCCCCAGCGCUGCGGUCUAGUGAUACAGUGUACUUCGCCGUGUCAGACGCGCAGGGCAACGCCAUCUCCUUCAUCAACAGCAACUACGCCGGGUUCGGCACGGCGAUGGUUCCGCGCGGGUGUGGGUUUACGCUGCAGAACCGAGGGGCGAAUUUUAGUCUGGAGCCGGGACAUCCGAAUGCGCUGGCGCCGAGGAAGAGGCCGUAUCAUACUAUUAUUCCGGGGUUGGUUACGAAUCUUGAUGAGGACACUUCCACUUCUUCCCAGACUGGUGGUAGUACUGGCGCCCACGGCACCAAAACCGGCUCUUUACACUCCGUCUUCGGCGUAAUGGGCGGUUUCAUGCAACCCCAAGGGCACAUCCAAGUGCUCCUCGGCCAAAUCGCGGGCCAACUCAGUCCGCAGCAAGCCCUCGACGCGCCGCGGAUCUGUGUAGGCGCCGGCAUGGCCGAUGUGGGCGAUGUCAGGGGGGAAGUGGUGUAUGUGGAGGAUGGGAUGCCCGAGGAAACGGUGGAGGGACUGAAAGGGUUAGGGCAUAAUGUAAAGGUUUUGAAGGGGUGGGGGGGGAUGGGUAGGCAGAUGUUUGGACGGGGGCAGGUUAUUAGGUGGACGGUGGAUGAGGUGGAGGGACGGGGGGUUUGGUCGGGGGGGAGUGAUAUGCGGGGGGAUGGGGGGGCUUAUCCUGUUUGA